AACCUUAUACUCUUCCAUUCCUUGUCUUUUUUUUUUUCUCUUAUUUUUAUUUUUAAGAAUGAUAAUAAUAAGAAAGGAUAAAGCAUAAGCAACAGCAAAAAUCUACUGCUACAAUUUGAAUCUUUCGGAUCUUGUUGGUUGGGCUCGGAUCCUCCAUCCCUCAGAUCUCUCACCCACCGUGCUUUUCUGAUUUUGAUACCACAGGUAUCGAUUUCUCGCAACUGGGAACUCAUCAAAAUCUCUUUUUUAUUUCUCUGCCAUGUGUUUCUUUUCUUCUGCUCAUGUUAAAUCCUGCACUUGAGUAAUGAUGGUAGUGUAGUUGUUGUUGAUUUGAGUUUCUGCCUCAAAAUGGAGCUUUGUUCUUCAUUGGGAUAUUUUGUGGCAUUAUUUAUGAGGGGAUCAAAUUUUUAUGCUUGAUUGUAGGACUUCGGAAAUUGGAGCAUUAUGAAGCAUUCUAGUCUUGCUUGUUUUACUAUCCUCCUUGAUUCUAUUUGCUCAAUCACACUCAUCUUGUUUUGAUGAUGUUAGUUCAUGGCCAAGUACCUGACCUAAGUAAAUGCUCCUGAAGCAAGUCAAUUUAUUUAGCCCCGCUUACCACUUUUGAUUCAUGCACUUGGCAACCAAUUGGAGAUUAGAUGCAUCUUUUAUCUAUAACUAGAGUGUUUCACAUUAUUCAUUAAUGUCCAUGAUUUUGAUUUGAAAUGCUCUGUUUAUAAUCUUUGUUGUAUUUUAUGUUGGGUUAAGUUGCUUUAACCAUUUUGACUAGUAAGUAACUGAUGGCACCACCUGACAGGUAUACUGCUUUUCCAUAUCAUUCCUAUCUUUCUUUCUUCAAGAGGGUAAGCUACCAUCAGAUAGAAGGCUGAUGGAUUCUGUUUUCUGAAACAUUAUAAUUAAUCUCUUUUUUGGUUCUUUGGAUAGUAAAGAAAGAUUAUGAGGAUUUUCUAUAUACUUUUCAAUACCAUUCUGGCUUACAGGGCAAAAGAUGAAAUUUUCAUCUGAAUACCAAUGAAUGCUUGGCUUGCAUGAUGGAUACAAGCAACCUUUUGUCAGCAGAUGGACUUGAAGGAGUCAACCAAAAUGGUGUUCAUGAAGAACUCCUUAAUUCUGGAAAGGAUGGUAUUGUUUUGAAUGUAGACCUUGGUGUUACUGAAACUAUAGAAACUACAGCAUCAAAUAGAAAUUUUGAAAAUUUCAACCAGUCAGAUAGUGUUGCAACUGAUUACUCAUCCAAGGUGGAAGUCAAAGAAGGAUCAAAUGACAAUGUAGAUGGCAACAAUGUCACCAUUUCUAAGGAAGAGGAAGUGGAAAUCAUAAAUCAAACAGAGCAAGUGAAAGCACAAAAGGGUCCUGUCAAGAAUAAGAAUGCAAAGACACUAAGCCCCAGAGGUGUUCAUGCAAGUUCAGCCAAAAAGAGCACAGAUGGAAAAAAUGAAAAGGCAACAUCUGUUUUUUCAAAUGGUACUUUUGCUUUGGAAUCUCAUCCAAGACAGCCUGUUAAAAACAAAUCAUUCAGUGACAAGCAGACUCGAUUAUCCAAGCACCCUGGAAAGUCAAAUGCAGCAUCUUCUGAAGCAUCAAUGGAGAAGACUAGGCCACAAUCAUUGAAGAAAGGGCCCCUUGAUAAUCUUCAAGGAGAAGCAGAAUCUUCUACUCCUACUGCAGAAGAUGCGAAACCUCGCAGGAUGGGGACACUCCCAAAUUAUGGAUUCAGUUUUAGGUGUGAUGAGCGAGCUGAGAGAAGAAAAGAAUUCUACACUAAGCUUGAGGAAAAGAUUCAUGCCAAGGAAGUGGAGGAGAGUAACAUGCAAGCAAAAACUAAGGAGACCCAAGAAGCUGAGAUUAAGAAGCUUAGAAAAAGUCUUGGAUUUAAAGCAACUCCAAUGCCAAGCUUCUACCAGGAGCCUCCUCCUGCUAGGACGGAGUUAAAAAAGAUGCCGACUACAAGAGCAAAAUCUCCUAAGCUUGGUCGUAGGAAGAGUUCAACGUAUUCAGAGUCAGAAGGAAACCCUGGCAGCAGUGCUCGGCAAGGUCGUUUAAGUCUGGAUGAGAAAGUAUCACACAGUAACCCCAGUAAAGAAAUUACUCCUGUUCAUCAAAAGAAGCCACAACGAAGGUCUCUUCCUCCUCGACUGAAUUCUGAGAAAAUCACUUCAUCCAAUUUAGCAGCUGCACGGGCAUCAUCGAAGUUAGUGAAUGAUGAAAAAAUCUUGUCUAGUGUGAAAACUGAAGUUACCACCUUUUCCAAUGCAACAGGAGGGGAAAAAGUUGAAAUGGCUGCAGCCAUUGAAGAGAACAAUGCCUUAUCCAAUGAGACAAGUGAAGCUCUGCCUCUGAACAUAGAGCCAGGUGAAGCAAAGUCUCCUGUGAAUGGUGAUUUGGUCAACAAAGAGAAAUCACAGCUUGCCUUGGUACAAGAACCCAUAGCAGCUGAGCAUUAAGCAAGAAUCAGGAACAGAACCAAAUGUUUAACUAUUAGAGCAAUUGAUUCAUCUCGUGAAUAUUAUAGAAGCAUAAACUGAGAUUUUUUAACAAUGAAGGCUUGCAGAUUGCUUUGUGGUUUGUGAUGUCAUUGUUCAAGCAGCAUUGUUUCUUGUGUUUACUCCCCAAGCUUGUUGGUUUUGUCCUUGGGAUUCUCUCUCCUCCUUUCAGCAAUGUAUGUAACUAUUUUCCUGAUUUUUCUAGUUUUUGUUAUUUUAGUAUGCAACAGUUUGUCUGUUUAGUUAAUAUGUUGGCGACAAUUUUGAGAUAGUUUGCCAUCAGUGGUUCAAUCACAUUUUGUUUUGUUAAACAAUUGUCGUUACAAAAAAACAACUGUUUUUGUUGUGGACACCCUUCUGAUGAUGUCUUACAACUUUGCUUGCUAUGCAUCAAAUUCAAUCGAUUUUCAGCACCCCUUUCUACCCUAUAACCAAAAUAUGCAUAUGCUCGUCCACAUGCUCAGCCAACUAAAUAGGUAGUUUUUCUUGUUACAAUGUAGCAAUAGUUUAUUAGCUGAUUACUUGAAUCUUAGCAGCUAUUUUUAAUUUUUGUAUAAUUGUAACAUACGUACCAUUCUAUAAAACCCUAAUUACUCUAAUUCUCG